GAAACCUCGUAUGCUCUGAGCUCCCUGUUUAGUUUUUGGGUGGCUGCAGCCUGAGGAGGAACAUGGCGCUCGUGGGCAACGGAGCAGAGCUGGAGGCGGACGAGGACAUCUUUGAAGAUGCAUUGGAAACCAUCUCUAUGUUUUCUCGCACAGAUAUGGCAGCGGGCAGCCAACCUUUUGCAUCACUUGACACAAAACAGGGGGCCGGCCGGCCCGGAUCGGCUAACGUGAGCAGGUCAACACCCACGAAGAUGGAUCUCAAGUGUGGCCUAGAAGAAUGUUCAGUGGCAUUGAACUUAUUUCUAAGUAACAAAUUCACAGAUGCCUUAGAAUUGCUUCGACCAUGGGCUAAGGAGAGUAUGUACCACGCCUUGGGCUACAGUACUAUCGUGGUGUUGCAGGCCGUCCUGACCUUCGAGCAACAGGACAUCCAGAAUGGGAUUUCCGCCAUGAAGGAUGCGUUACAGACCUGCCAAAAAUACAGGAAAAAAUGCACAGUUGUGGAAUCUUUCUCAAGUCUUCUAUCUAGAGGAUCAUUGGAACAGCUGACUGAAGAGGAAAUGCAUGCCGAAAUCUGUUAUGCCGAGUGUCUCCUACAGAAAGCAGCACUCACGUUUGUGCAGGAUGAAAAUAUGAUCAACUUCAUCAAAGGUGGACUCAAAAUUAGGACAAGUUACCAAAUAUACAAAGAAUGUCUUUCUAUCCUGCAUGUAAUUCAGAAGAACAAAGUUGAGCAGCAGUUCUUCUAUGAGUUUGAAGGGGGUGUCAAGCUUGGAAUAGGUGCCUUUAAUUUGAUGCUCUCUCUUCUACCCGCACGGAUUAUCAGACUACUAGAAUUUAUAGGAUUUUCUGGAAACAGGGAGUUGGGGCUACUGCAGUUACAGGAAGGCGCGUCAGGAAGAAGCAUGAGGUCUCCGCUGUGCUGCUUAACUAUUCUAGCUUUCCACACAUAUAUCUCCCUGAUACUUGGUACAGGAGAAGUGAAUGUUCUGGAAGCAGAGAGUCUCCUUGCACCCUUCCUCCAGCAGUUUCCAAAUGGCUCCCUCAUGUUAUUUUAUCAUGCCCGGAUAGAGCUGCUGAAGGGAAAUGUGGAAAAGGCACAAGAGAUACUUCGAAAAUGCAUUUCAGUUCAAGAAGAAUGGAAACAGUUUCACCAUCUCUGUUACUGGGAGCUGAUGUGGAUCUCUGUGUUCCAACAAAACUGGAUGGAGGCGUAUUAUUAUUCCGAUCUGCUUUGCAAAGAGAGUAAAUGGUCCAAGGCAACAUAUGUAUUCUUGAAAGCUGCAAUUUUGAGUAUGCUUCCAGAGGAGGAUGUAGUAGCCACUAAAGAAGAUAUAGUAACCUUAUUCAGACGGGUGGAGAGCUUGAAGCAGAGAAUUGCGGGGAAAUCCAUCCCUACCGAGAAGUUCGCUGUGAGGAAGUCCCGUCGUUACUCCACCUCAUUGCCUGCCCCUGUGAAGCUCACCUUGCCUGCCCUGGAAAUGAUGUAUGUCUGGAACGGUUUUCCAAUCGUGAGCAAGAGAAAAGACCUUUCUGAAAAUCUGUUGGUAACUGUUGAAAAGGCUGAGGCUGCUUUACAAAAUGAAAAUGUGAGCGACUACUCUGUGGAUGACGAGUGCCUGGUGAAGCUGCUGAAGGGGUGCUGCCUGAAGAACUUGCAGCGGCCCUUGCAAGCAGAGCUGUGCUUCAAUCAUGUCCUGCAAAGUGAAAAGCUACUGAAGUAUGACCACUACCUAGUGCCAUUUACUCUGUUUGAGUUGGCCUUUUUGUACAAAAGCCAAGGGGAAAUUGAUAAGGCCAUCAAGACCCUAGAAACUGCAAGAAACAACUACAAAGAUUACUCCAUGGAGUCCAGACUACACUUCCGAAUUCAGGCAGCCAUUCACCUGUGGAGAAAAACUUCCUCAGAUUGAUCAGAACAUGAAGGAUGGAAUUUUCCCCCAGCACCGGCGUCUGCUGUCGAUUAGGCCUUGGGUUAAAGUGGAAGAGUGAUCUUGUGAACGAGAGAGAAAAAACUAAUUUUAUUGUCAAUACUUUCUAUCAUCUCUGUAGUUUACUGUUGAGCUGCAUAUAUGUUUUUUUCCUAUGAAAUGAUGUUCAAUAUUCAGUACUAUCUAGAAAAUUCUUAUAUUUUGCCUCUCCAAAAAGAAUUUCAUAUUAGAUUUGAAUUGGGAGAGUGAAGAAGUCUUUUAAAGGACUCACAAAAUAAUGAAGUCUAAUUAGAUUAUUUAUUUUUUUAAUGUGGUAAUUCAUGUUUAAGUAGCAAACGGCUUAUAAGUUGAGCCACUUUUUAGGUUUGUUGGUCAGAGAUAUUCUGUUGCCUGGUAUUUAAAUGUAAGAGGGGAAAUCAAAAUCACCUACAUUCAAAACCAAUUAACAAUAACCUGAAGUCUCCUGAAUAAGACAAGCAGUGGGUGUGAAUAGGGACAGGAUAAUGUCCUUAAUAGGAUGAAGGGAACUAUAUCUAGAAAGGAUGGUGAAAUAUUAGACUUUGUUUUGUUUUGUUAGUUUUUUAUUCUUCAUGUAAGUUAAAGGUAGUGACAUUUUUGAGACACUAUCCUUUGUUUGAAUGUACUUAAGUCUGUUAUAAAAACAAAAUUCAAAAAACUGUCUAAAGGGAAGAAAAGUCAUAUUUUAGAAAUUAUCCUCAACCUUAGCAAUGAGAAUCUACAGUACAUAUGUUGAUCAUUUUUGUCUAUAGGAAGUAAAGUUCCUGCUGCUUUAAAUGAUAUGUAAAAUAUAAUUUUUAUACUCAUGAUGUUAGUAAGAUCUAAUUUUCUAAUCUCUCUAGCACUGUGAUGGUUCCUUGUAAAUAUCUAGCCUGUGCUUCGUCCUCUAACUAGGAAACACGAUCAGGGCAGGAUGCGGAGGAGAGCCUGGCUCUGCUACUGAUUAGCAGUUACUGGGGUGACCUUUAGGGAGCUCCCUGCUCUCCGUAUCAGCAUAUUUUCCUCACCUGUGAAAUGGAAAAAGAACAGAUAUCUUUCCAGGUCUCUCUCAGUUUUAUAAUGGUCAGUCUGUGCAUUAUGUGUUUGCAGCCAACGAUGUCAAACUGUUCAAACCUAACUAUUACCACAAAGUGUCCGUCUUAUUUUGUGAUCAUCACUCUCUACCCCCACAUCCCCCAUUUGUAGGUACUGAGACUCAUGACAAGAUUGCAUCCAGGGCAAGGAAAAACAAUUCAUGGGACCCAUAUAUCAGGGUUUUGCCCUGUUUCUAUUCUGUUUUGAAGAGUAACUUACAUGGAAGACUCUGCAGUUUAACAGAAACAGCCCCAGAUUUGGAGUCAGGAGCCCAUCUCAGUCAGUCAUUCCUUGACAUGGAGCAAGUCUCAUCCUUUCUGGGACUCAGUUUCCCCAGUGGGGAGAGCAACACAGUGCUUGGUGCUUGUGGCAGCUCGGUUAGAGAAUGCUUAUGACGGUUUUUUGUAAACCGUGAAAGGCUGUGUGAAUGAGUGGGUUGCUGUAAUAAUUCUGAUUUUUAAGCACUGAUUACAGUAUCAGCACAAAAGUAUUGGCUGCGUUUGUGGUCUCUGAUGUAAAAUGAAAGACGUGUGUGAAAUUCAGACAACUUGAAAUUUACUCAUGUGUUUGGCAUAACCCGGAUUAUGAAUUUGCCCCUUACUGUUUGUUCCCUGCUACACAAGUCUAUACCCAGCAGGUAUUUGGUCUUCUUUUCCUUAAGGUACUAAUUCUUGACCAAUGCUGAGGAUAUGUUUCCAAUGGAAGAUGGUUAAUAUAGCUUGAGUCAGAACACUAGCCCUUUGGAGAGCAUGGUGGUAGCUCUCAUGUGCUAAUUAAUAUGAAUUACAUAGCUUUACUUUAGAUCCAGACAAGAGGAAAUAAAAUUAAGUAUUAUUACAAUGUCAUCAGUGGAAAAUAAGCUUAAUAAUUAUUUUGCAUAUAACUUGAGAAGUGGUUUAUAAAUCCCUUUGAAGAGCUUUGGUAGCAGUUAUUUUUUAAAAGUAUAAACACCCAUAUUGUUUUUGUGAGAAACAGCAGGUCACGGCAAAAGUCCGUAAAAACUUCUCUUUCUGGUGUAAUAUGAAAACAAUAGAAGCUAAUAGUGGUUGCUUUUAUUUUAUUUUAAUUGUGCAUUACCAAACAACUAUAAAAGAGAUUCCUAGCUCCAGUUAAAAUUUUUUCCCUUGUUAUUUUUUUCUUAUCUUGUUUUUAUGCUUACUUCCUAUUCUUUUUAUAGUUACCUGGUAAUACGGAUAAUCUAUCCAAUGAGUGUUUAAGUGUUGUACUGUCAUUAAUGCUACAAAUAUUUAUCUGUUCCCUGUCCUGUUUACGAGACCAUGGUGGCACCAGUUUCAUGUGACGUCAGCUAAUGCUGCAUUUUUGGAGUUCUUUUGGAUUCAGGGUGCUUUGUGAAGAAUGAGUGCUGAAGUGACAAUAUUUUAUCUAAUGUUUUGAGGGGCAUAUGUGAUGGGUUUGGGCUGCCAAUGCGUCUGACAGUUUGUGCAAUUUGUGUAGUUUUUGGUAUAAUUUUCUUUCUUCCUUCCUUUUUUUUAAAAUGGAGAGCCAGGGUUCUGAUUCGUGCUGACUGCAUUUAAGACUCAAGUAGAGGUUAUGCUUUGUAGGAUUGAUGACAAGGCAGGCCUGAUAUCUGCUUGAUAGUUAAUGGAAGAUGAACUCCAUCACCUCUUAUAUAGACAUUUAUUUUAGUGUUUCUGUGCUUCUUGUGGACACAGGGUCUCAAGAUACAUAGGAAAAAGAAGUUCAUUGGUUCUGUUCAUUCUACACGUGGGGUAGGCACUGUAGGGAGGUGAAUUUCAAAUUAAUCAGCACCAAGGAAGGUUUUUAAUCAUGGUAGCAAUCUAACACUAUAACUAUCUCUUUGCAAAGGAGGAGGUUUAGCAGAGCUUUGUGACUGUCAUUCCUACUUGGCCUAGAAACUUAUAGUUGAACUUUGAGGUCACUGUAAUGAGACCUUGAUUAGAGCUUCAAAUCAGUGCGAUGUGUGUAAAGAAGAAAGCUUCCCCCCUUUUGAAGACAAAUGGGUCUUUCUUCUUUUGAAGCUACUUGUAGAUGUAGUUACGUUGUGAUAGGCACUAAUAGACCCUAUAGUCAUCAUGAUUCUACUUCUCAUCCUUCCUUUCAAAGUAGGUCUACUAAUGUUUUCCGACAAAGGCUUUUCUUCCUUUGGCCAUACUGAAAAUAAUAAUUACAAAAAGGUCUUUGUGACCAACUUGAAGAAUUUCUGGAAUUACUGAUUAAUUCUUCAUUGGUUUUCUUUUUUUUUUUUUAAAUAUUUGUUUUUCUCCUAGUUAUUUUCUCCAUGUUUAGGAAUCGUAAAUUCAAAUGCAUUUAGUUAAAACGAGUUAAGGAGGGUACUAGUGAUCGUUUAGAUGCCCUAAGAUCGUUAAGAUCCCUGGGAUGGAUCUUGGGAAAUUAUGUCCUCCCCUCACUCAACUUCUGGAUAGUGUUGUUUCUCCUUCAGUCCUGCUCUGUCUGGUAUGGUAGUCACUGGCCACAUGGGACUAGUGAGCACUCAAAACGUGGCUAGUGGCAUGUGUGUGUGAGUGUGAGUGUCAGGGAGCGCUCAUAUAUACAUGCUAUGGUUCUGUUUAAAGUAAAUGCCCCCCAAAAGCAUGUUUUCUGGAGUUCUGGCUUUUCCUUGCUGUCUACUGUGAUCACCCAUCACCAUAGUUACAUUUUCAAUUCUGGUUCAAAUACACAUCUGUGAGGUUUGCUUUCUGUUCAAGUGUCUGUAAACUUUCAUCUCCUCAUUUUAUUCUGCAGAUGAUCAGAGUCAUCUUUGAUCCUUCUCCACUCUCUCUCUCAGAGCUCCGUAAAUACUAGAUUGAGGCCUUAUUUUUAACAUUAUUAUUUUAAUCUGAUUUUAUAGACAUUCCUUCUGUUUUCAGAUACAACAGCACAGGCUGUUAGAGUUGUACUUUGCGAUGUUAGUAGAUUUUAUGAUUAAAAUAGUAUUUUCUAAGGUUAACAUUAUUCUGAAAAAUGUGGUGACCUUUUCAAUCCCUGUAUAUUAUUAAUGUUUCAACAUUGACUCAGCUAUGCCAAUAGGACUAUUUAAGGAAUAUUAGGUAUUAGUUAUCCACUUAGAGAAUAAUUUGGCAGAUAGUUUAUUUCAAGUUAUAUAUUUUAUGGGCGCCUGGGUGGCUCAGUUGGUUCAGUGGCCAACUUUAGCUCGGGUCAUGAUCUCUCAAU